GGAGGAGGGGAAAGGAAUCCACGUCCCGAGCAGAGAAGCAGCUUUCCCUACACAGCACAGGACACGGUCCGCGCACAGAAGCCGCAGGAGACGCAGGCACAGGGGCUGGGGAGAAUCCUUGCUGGGCCCUCGCCGUCCAUGCGCCGCCUCCCUCUGCCCGGUGUCUGGUGUCAGCCUCCUGCCUGGCAGAGGAACUCCAGCCCCUGCUCCCCGAAGCUCCUCCAGGCCUUCUGCUUCCCUGACUCGGAAUGGGCCGGUUGUCCAGUGGGUACGAGGCUGGUCUCCCCGCCCACUGGUGACGACGUAAAGAUCCAGCGCAGCCUGGUUUCCCCUUGUGAUGAUAUCUUGCGACUCGUCUUUCUCCAGGAAAACAGGGACCGCUCUCCGCCUACAGGUCUCUUCCACAGACCUAUCUUGUUUUCAUCCCCUGUCUCUUUUGGUUCAGUCUUUUCGCUCAUACAAACAAGGAAGUCGCCCCUAGCCCAGCCGCGGCUCCUUAGCUGGAGGCGGGCCCGGGCGUGGAGUCAACCGCGGUGGCCACGCCUCCUGGGAAAGGGCAGGGCAUGCAAAUUCGAAAUGAAAGCCCGGAAACCCCGGAACUAGAACUGGUAUCUCUUCAACUACCUGUGAAAACUGAUGUGAUGAAAAGGGGAAUUUGAAGGAGCCAUUCCAGAAGACAGGGCGAAAACUGAAGUGCAAUCAGGGCCAAGAAAAACAGAAAUAGCAGGACCUGGAGUUGCAUAGGUUGAAUAGUUGAAUAGGCUGCUCUCCUCAGCUGGCAGGAAACCUGGCAGCCCUGGUGCCCAAGGACUGAAAACCUUAGAAGCACCUGGAGUUGGCAGCCUUGGCAUGGUCAGGUUGGCACCUCUGGAGGUGCCCAGGCUUCCCUGGCAGCAUUGUGAGCAGUGGAUGGUGUUGAAGGGCAGCCAGAGGAGGAAUGGAACACAUGCUCCUUGCUAACCACACGGACAAGGCCACGUUCACAGGUACACAAAGGCAACGCAGUUGCUCAGGUGCUUCGGUAUCACAGCCAAGACCCCUUCGGGGGAAGCUAGUCGGAUACUGGGACCCACAUUCCAGACUACUGAGCCGCGGUCGCGCCCUCGGCUCCGUUUCUGCUCCCUCCACCCCACGAGGACGGGGGUGGAAGGCCACCUUCGAUGGGUGCAUCCUCCACGAUGACCUGCUAACAAAGGUGCAUGGAUUUCAGAGUCUGAUUGGCCUACAACAGCAUUUGGCUUGUGGAGACAGUGGUUCCCUGAUGAAAAACUGCCAUGAUGUAAGGAAGAGCCUGUCAGAGCGAGGCUGGGGUGCUGCGUGUUGGGGAGGUGGAGGUGUGGCUUCCCGGGAGAAGCUCCACCCGCUGGCUGAGUCUGGCACGUGAACCAGUCUGUGAGGGGAUGGAUGUGGGUGUAAUGGGGGCAAUUACAGUAGGAAGGAGCCCACGUGGAGCCUGCAUUCUCUGGGACAGGCUAAGGCCCAGAUCCUACCUUCCCAGGUGGCUGGAUGGGUCGUAGAUGUACGAACCGGUCCCCUCAUUUUCUGAUUGCCCUGUGCUUAACGUUUCUGUACCUUUACUGAGGCUCUUUCCUCCAACUCCAGUGCCCAGAACCCCCUUCUCCUGAACAUGAAUGCCUGUCCAUGGAAGUUCGAGUCUCUGUCUCUCACCCAGGCUGGAGUGCAGUGAUGCAAUCUCAACUCACUGCAACCUCUGCCUCCCAGGUUCAAGUGAUUCUUGUGCCUCAGCCUCUGGAGUAUCUAGGAUCACAGGUGCGUGCCACCAUGUCUGGCUAAUUUUUUGUAUUUAUAGUAGAGAUGGGUUUCGACAUAUUGGCCAGGCUGGUCUUGAUCUCCUGGCCUCAAAGUGAUCUACCCACCUGGGCCUCCCAAAUUGCUGGGAUUACAGUUGUGAGCCACCACACCCAGCCUGUCCCUGAAAUUCUAAUGAAAUGUGCGAUAAAGUUGUUUUGUUUUUCUUUUUGUUUUCCCUUCUUGGCAAAGCCUGGUGUUUCUAUUUUAGUGGAUUUGCCUGGCACUGAGGACUGCUAUGGUGGUCUUCAGAGGCUCCUGGUAUUGACUGCUUGUGAAACCGCUUUUGCAAAAUUAUGACUGAGACAGUGAAAGAGAUCUAACUUAACCGACCCAAUCUUGCUUCUAACCUCCAAAUUGUCCUUAUUCAUUCCUGAGCAUAGCCUGAACUAACUUUGGGAGAAGCUUAGUUUAUAUUUUAUUUUAUAGUUUAAAACAAAGAUGUUAACAGCCCUUUCCCAAGGCAGACUUCCUUCUUGCCUGGGGACUAGGUUGCCUUUGGAGGACUAACAUUAACCACGAGAUUAGAAAUUAUGGGCUGGGCCUCGUGGCUCACCCCUGUAAUCCCAGCACUUUGGGAGGCCACCGCAGGUAGAUCACCUGAGGUCAGGAGUUCAAGACCAGCCUGGCCAACGUGGUGAAACCCCAUCUCUACUGAAGAAUACAAAAAUUAGCCGGGUAUGGUGGCACAUGCCUAUACUGCCAGCUACUUGGGAAGCUGAGGUGGGAGGAUCGCUUGAACCUGGGAGGCGGCGUGGAGGUUGCAGUGAGCCAGGAUCUUGCCACUGCACUCCAGCUUGGGCGACAGAGUGAGACUC